AUGAAGUUCUCCAUCGUCUCGGCUGUCCUUGCCUCGGCCGCAACGGUCAAUGCCCAUGGAUAUCUGACCAUUCCUGCUAGUCGUACCAGACUUGGCGCGGAGGCCGGCUUGGACACUUGCCCCGAGUGUUCCAUUCUGGAGCCCGUGACCGCAUGGCCCAACGUUACGGAGGCCAAGGUCGGCAGGAGUGGUCCUUGUGGCUACAACGCCCGUGUCAGCAUCGACUACAACCAGCCUGCUACCAACUGGGGUAACGCUCCUGUUGUGACCUACAAGGCUGGCGACACUAUCGAUGUACAGUGGUGCGUUGACCACAACGGUGACCACGGUGGCAUGUUCUCCUACCGUAUCUGCCAAGACCAGGCUCUUGUCAACAAGUUCCUCACUCCUGGCUAUCUUCCAACCGCUGCGGAGAAGCAGGCUGCUGAGGAUUGCUUUGAGAAGGGCACCCUUCCCUGCACGGAUGUGAAUGGCCAGAACUGCAACUUCAGCCCUGACUGCCAGCAGGGCCAAGCUUGCUGGAGGAACGACUGGUUCACCUGCAACGCCUUCCAAGCCGGCAACCGCCGUGGUUGCCAGGGUGUCGACAAUGCUCCUCUCGGAUCUUGCUUCACCACCAUUGCUGGUGGUUAUACUGUCACCAAGAAAAUUAAGAUCCCCAACUACGUCUCCGGCCACACCCUGCUCUCUUUCCGCUGGAACUCCUUCCAGACUGCUCAGGUUUACCUCUCGUGCGCUGACAUUGCCAUUGUCGGCAGCGGCGGCGAGACCAACCCCUCCAGCACCAAGACCACCGCCACCGCCACGACUCUUGUCACCAGCAGCAAGACUGCGGGCGCUUCUUGCGUUCCGGUUGCCACCGUUGCUGUGACCUUCAACCACCUUGUCAGCACCAGCUACGGCGAGUCCAUCAAGCUUGUUGGUUCCAUAUCGCAGCUCGGCAGCUGGAGCACCUCAUCCGGUGUUGGCCUGUCCGCCUCGCAGUACACUACCAGCAACCCGCUCUGGACCGCCACAGUCAAGCUCCCUGCUGGCACCAAAUUUGAGUACAAGUUCGUCAAAGUGUCCAGCAGCGGUGCCGUGACCUGGGAGAGCGACCCCAACAGGUCGUACACUGUUCCCCAGAGCUGCUCUGACUCGGUUACUGCUGCUUCGUCGUGGAAGUAG